AUGACUGCGCCUAGGCUGCCGUUCCUCUAUCCACAGCUUUUUCGAUCCCUCAAGCCGUACGAGCCGGCCGUUCGCCCUUUCCGUUUCUCUGCGCCGCCUUCCAAUAGCUUCCAUUCGAGUCGUCGCUGCGAGCAAAACACAUUUCCGUCACGCCGCGGACAGGCCGUAGAGCCCAAGCUACCUCCACCAUCGCGACCGAAGAAUAAACCAGCAAAGAGUUCUGGCAUCAAAACUGCAAAAAAGGAUGUCAGUUCGACGGCGCAGUCAAAGAGUACCCCGCAUCCCGAACUGGUGUCAAACAUCACGGAUUACGGGCCAGAAAAAAGCGCAAAUAGCAAGGAAAAGAUAGACGGCAAGCAAGAGGUUACAGAGGAAGAUUCGGAUUCGUCAAAAGCAACGCUACCAACCUCAAAACAAGACGAUAAUUCACCCAGCCAAACCAAAGAUGCAGAAGAGGUUCCUCCGCCACAAAAUCCACUCGAUGCUGUUCUUCAAAUGCCGCAACCCGAGGACAUGAGUUUGACGAGGAUAUCGGAAAAGAAACAGGGCAUACCGCAUCUGCGGCCUGCACACUAUGUUCAUCAUUUUGACACAUACACUCUCGUCAAAGAUCUCCAAGCAGGUGGUUUCAGUGAAGAACAGGCCAUCACGGUCAUGAAGGCUAUUCGAGGGAUUCUACAAGAUAAACUAGAUCUCGCCGAAGACACCUUGACUUCCAAAUCGGAUAGUGAGAAUGAAGAGUACUUGUUCGAGGCUGCCUGCUCAGAGUUACGGUCGUCAUUGCAGGCGUCACGGAAUUUGGAAAUCGAACGACAACGAGCCUCUCGAACUCAGCUGCAGCACGAUGCCGACAUCCUCAACCUCCGACUCAACCAAGAGCUCACGAGGCUGAAUGAUGACCUGAAAGGAAUGCGGAAUGACCACAAAAUGACGAUCCGUGAGCAGCAACGCAGCCUGGAUACCGGAAUCCAGGAGCUAAACUACAGGAUUGCUGUUUCACUGGCUAGUGAUGGGAAAAGCGAAGCCGAAGGACUGAGAUGGGUGCUAACACGGCGAGCGGCGCUGGCCAUUGCAUUUAGUGCCCUCAUGGCCAUUGCAUUCUUCAAGUUCUAUUCUGUUUACACUCAUGACCUGCAAAAGAAACAGGCCGCCGCCAAGUCAGCAGCCACGGCAGAGCCAGUCCACGACGCGGCUAUACAGACCCAGUCUUCUCUUUCUGACGCUCUUGCAAGUGAAAGCUUGGGGUGA